GCAAACAUUGAGAUCAACGCUCACAGUUUGAUUAGUUAGCAAACUUAUUCACACAUAAUUUUCCUUGUCGGUCACGUAUAUAUAAAAGAAUCUCAAAAUAUAUCCGCUAACACAGUAUUUUUAGCAUAGUUGACACAGAAGGAACUCAACAAUCUCUACACCAUGCAGACCGUGACUCUCCUAUGCCUAGUGGCGGCGGUGGCGGCGGCGGCGGCGGCGCCCGCGGACACGUACGACGCUAAAUACGACAGCUUCAACGCUCACGAGCUGGUGCAGAACCAACGCCUGCUGAAGAGCUACGGCAAGUGUUUCCUGAGCAAGGGGCCCUGCACUGCCGAGGGAUCCGACUUUAAGAGAGUGAUCCCGGAAGCGCUGAAGACGACUUGCGGCAAGUGCACGCGCAAGCAGCGCGAGCUGGUGCGAGUCGUGGUGAAGGGCUUCCAGGAGCAGCUGCCGCAGGUGUGGACCGAGAUCGUCAGCAAGGAGGACCCCAAGGGAGAGUACAAGGACUCCUUCGCCAAGUUCCUCGAAGGAUCUGAUUAGAAACUCUAAUGAAAGCUGCUCUAACCUCUGUGGCCCUGGUACAAUGUUGCUGACUCUGAUUAAGAACUCUAUAAUGACAACUUUUUCAAACAUCUGUGGCCCUGGUACAAUGUUGCUGAUUUCUGAAACAAACUGCCGCUUUAACAAUAAUAAUUAUGUUUUGAUGAAGAAAAUGCAUAAUUGGGUCCAGAGGUGAGAUGCCUGUAGUCUUAGAUACCUACCAAUGCAUCACAAAUUAAUAGGUUUACUUAAAAUGUUGUUACAGAAUUGGUUACGUUUAAAUGUAUUUAUUGUACCUACCUAAUGUGGAUGUGGUGACAUGUGUGUUAAUUUAAUGUGAUAUUCUGUGAUGUCAUUUUGUUAUUCUUAAGUUAUAUUUUAAUAAAUAAAAAAAUAUUUUUUGUA